AUGGACGCGACCAUGGGGAGCAUCGCCCCGACGGGGCUGAAGGGAAAGCUCGCGGCCCUUGAGGAUUUCAUUUCUAUGCAGAAUGAAGAGCUGGCUGCGCAGCGCCAGGAAAUUGAGAGCCUCCGUGGUGACAAGGCUGGCAUCGAGGAGCACUACCAGGGCCAGCUGCAGGAGCUGAAGAAGACCAUGGUCGGGGACGUGCAGCGCCUUCAGGAUGAAGUGAAGAGGCACUUUGCACAGCAAAAGGCAGAAAAUGCUCGCCUGCAACAGCAGGUCACCACCCUGAAGGGUGAGAAAACGUCCUUGCAGCAGCAGAUUCUCGGGCUUCAGCGGCGAAUUCAAGAAAUCGAAGAGCAGGUCGGUGCUGACUAG